AUGGAACUUUCGUUGUCCGACGGGGAUGAUUUUCUCUACUGGAAGUAUCAUCCUUCGGGGAAGUACACGGUUAAAACGGGGUACUACUACCUAUCUAAAGACCUAGGUUUAGACAGCGCCACUUUUUUGGCAAGGGACCAGGAAUUCAUUAAGCUGGUAUGGAUGUUGGAAAUCCAGCCAAAAUGGAAGCUGUUUUUGUGGAAGCUGUUUCAUGAUGGCAUUGCCGUUAAGGGAAACCUGGCUAGGAGGGGCAUACACGCCAAAAUAGAGUGUGAUCUCUGCAGAGAGGAAGUAGAAGAUAGCCAGCAUCUUUUCAGGUUUUGUAUUCAGGCAAAGGAAAUCUGGGAGACAAGUUCCUUAGAUGUAAGUCCUGAUUCUCCUGGGUCCAUUUCUCUAAAGGGAUGGAUUCAGCACUAUAUCCUGCUUUUUUAUAGCAAGGAUGGUAAGCAGGGAACCCGAUGUGUGGGGUUUAUUGCGACUCUAUGGGGUAUGUGGAAGGCUAGGAAUGCAAGAUGUUUCAGGGGUUCGACAGGGACUACUAGCCUAGUAAGGGAAUUUAUAAAUCUUGCGAUACAAGAUCAUGAAUCUUUUACUAAUCGUGCUAGCCUGAUAACUGAGGCAGAUACUACUAGUAGGGAAGAACCUAUCCUUCCUCCGGGUUUUAACUAUGUCCACUUAGGGAAGGAAAAGGCGGGGUUUGAUGAUUUCAUCAUAGAAGCUGACGGUUCCUGGGAUAAGAGGACCACGAGAACAAGGAUUGGUUGGGCGGUUAAGAGCAAUAUCCUUGGCUAUGGUCUCGAUGAGGGAGGAAAACACGAAGUUGCAGCGUCAGUAAUACAAUGUGAAGCAUGGGCUUGCUUGGAAGCGAUGAAGUGGGCUCAGUCUAAAGGUAGGCAUGGAAUUCUUUUAGUUACUGACUCCUUAUCCCUGUUAAACAACCUACAGGAUGACGAAGGCAGGUAG